ACAGAUUUUAUUUUACUGUAUUUUUCUAAAUGUGCAUAUGAAUGCAGCCCAAACUGGUCUUUCAAUAAACGAUUUCGAUUGACUUCAUGUCGCAGAGCAGCCAGCACAUUAAACUGUUAUGGUGUAAUGUUGCAGCCCGUGCACAACCAGCAUGUAGUGUUGCUGUGCUACUAUCACCAAUAGGCGGGACUGUGGCUCUGCAGUGUGACUGCAAGCUGCACAGCUGGAACACGAGCAGAAGGCUGGCACGCGGUCCAGCUGCAACCAGAUGACUGAGCUCAGCUGCUCCUCACACACCAACACACACACACACACCACAUCCACAACUUCCGAGCAGCGCCAGUGGAUGACUUGUUGUGCGCGCUGGAGGGUUAAUGUGCCGUGAAAACACCCGCAGAACCCGCAGAGCUCGUUCAGCAUCAACUCUGAGGAGGGAUCUCCUCGGAUGAGUUUUUGGGUCUCGAUCAUCGGCGCCUCUCUCCGCAGGACCUGGUUUUGAGUUCGGGGGUGCUGGUGAUGUAACGCUUCUCAUCUCACUUCAUAAGUGUUACUGUCGCCUCCUCUCCCAGAGCAUGGGACCCUUCAAACUCUAAAGAGAGGCACGCGAGUCAAACAAGAGAGAGGAAAAGAAAAGUGAGGAAAGGAACAAUGGAGUCUAUAGUGUCGGAGCAGUCGGCCACUGUGGAUGAGCUGGUGGAAUCCUGCAUCCAAGCCUUUGAUGAGAAAGGCACUUUGAAGGACGCUUCCUUGGUCCGCAUGUUUCUUAUGAUGCACCCUUGGUAUAUCCCUUCAACCGACAUGGCUAAGAAGCUUGUGUGCACAUCUCAAGAGGAGAGCUGCACCGCUGAGCGUCGAACAAGAAUAUGCCACCUUGUCAAGUACUGGAUCUCUGAGUUUCCAGCAGAGUUCAAUCUGAGCCCGGAACUGGCCGACCAGAUCAAAGACUUUAAAGACCUCUUGACCACGGAGGGAAACGAGAGGCAGAGUCAGCUCAUUGACCUCGACAGUGUGCCGUCAUACAAAUGGAAGCGGCAGGUGACUCAGCGUGUCCCAUCAGUGUCCAAAAAGAGGAAAAUGUCCCUCCUGUUUGACCACCUCGAUUCCUGUGAACUGGCCGAACACCUGACCUACCUGGAGUACAAAUCCUUCUGCAAGAUCCUGUUCCAGGACUACCACAGCUUUGUGAUGCACGGCUGCACGGUGGAUAACCCCAUCCUGGAGCGUUUCAUCACCCUCUUCAACAGCGUCUCCCAGUGGAUCCAGCUCAUGGUGCUCAGCAAGCCCACCGCCCCGCAGAGAGCCGCUGUCAUCUCCCACUUCAUCAGAGUGGCGCAGAAGCUGCUACAGUUGCAGAACUUCAACACGCUCAUGGCUGUCGUGGGCGGCCUCAGCAACAGCUCCAUCUCUCGUCUCAAAGACACGCAGACCCACAUCAGCGCAGAGACCAACAAGGUUUUCAACAACCUAAUUGAAUUGGUGACAUCAUGUGGGAACUACAGCCAAUACCGCAAGCGCUUCUCUGAGUGCUCGGGCUUCCGGUUCCCCAUUCUCGGCGUGCACCUGAAAGACCUGAUAGCCGUGCAUGUGGCGCUGCAAGACUGGGCUGACAAAGAGAAAAAACGGGUCAACCUGGCUAAGACUCAACAGCUGUACGCCAUUCUUCAGGAGCUGGCGUUGAUCCAGACCACACCGCCUCACGUCGAUGCCAACACAGAUCUGCUCAACCUGCUUACGGUGUCUCUGGACCAGUACCACACAGAGGAAGAGAUCUACCAGAUGUCUCUGACGAGAGAACCUCGCAAACCAGCGCUGAACUCCAGUCCCGCCCCCCCGCCUGAACCUAAGCCCACCAUGAUCGAUGAGUGGGCCGUGUCGGUGAAACCCAACGCCGACCCGACCAUCAUCAAGAAACACAUAGAGAAGAUGGUGGAGUCGGUUUUCAAGAACUUCGACUCAGACGGGGACGGCCACAUCUCCAGGGAUGAAUUUGAAGCAAUCAGGAACAACUUCCCAUACCUCAGCAAGUUUGGAGAACUGGACAAGAACCAAGACGGGAAGAUCAGCAGAGAGGAGAUGAUAGACUACUUUAUGAAAGCCAGCUCUCUGCUUAACUGCAAGAUGGGUUUCAUCCACACCUUUACCGAGACCACCUACGUCAAGCCCACAUUCUGCGAGCACUGCGCCGGCUUUAUAUGGGGCUUCUACAAGCAAGGCUACAAGUGUAAAGCCUGCGGGGUGAACUGCCACAAGGCCUGCCGGAGCCGACUGGCCGUGGAGUGCCGGAAGAGGACGAAGAGCAUCAGCCACGAGACGCCGCCGGCCCUGCAGGCCAGAUCCUACAGCUUCCCUCCACCUGCCAACACCCCACCCAGCCUGCAGAACACAGUCAUUGCUGAAGAGGACAUAGAGUCAGUGGAGGAAGGAGUGUUUGACGUCCACCUAUAACCAGAAUCCCUCCUACGGUCGGUGUGCAAGAAGCCAAAUGAGCGAGUGUCGGGAGCCAGACACAGAAUGUGCUACAGUUUGUCACUUUUACAACCCUCAACACUGAUGAGAAAUUGCACUGAACACAAGCCAGGAUACCUACAUGCUGCCACACAGUGGACACACACUGCAACAGCAUCUCCACUCCUAACUCACACGAAUGUGACGACCAAUGUGAAUGGAAUGUCUUUGUAUGAUUUCUGUGUGCAUUUUGAUUCCGUGUUGGCCAAGAGUGUAACUGUAAAACUUACUAAAUAUUUAAAAAAAAAUCCACAAAAUUGUAUUUUCUUGGUAGAAUGUUAAAGUUUAUCAUUUGAGCGCUGUAAAUUGAAAAUAGCUUUUUCUUCAAAACAUAAAAAGAGGUGCUGUUAUUGCCAAGAAUGUAAACCUGCCACCCAGACAAAGCCACCGUAGUCUUUGUCUGACAAGCUUUUUAUUGUUCAUCAUCUUGUUUUGAAAUACAUUUCAAUGGACCAAUAAUAGGACCAAUUUCGAUGUCAGAUUAAAUAUUGUUGAUUCGUGGUUCCCGUCUGAAGCAUGAUGACAAAAGAGACCAUUUUUGCAGAGAAAAGAAGCAGCAGAAAUGGACUGUGGACAGUUAUAAUUAGGAUGAACAAUGUUCUAUUUUUGUCAUGUUUACCUGAAUAUCAGUAACUGUCCUCUAGUUAUUGCUGUGGUGUUGUUUGCAGUGAACAGUACUGUCUUGUACCAGUGCACUGAUAGAUGAUCUAUCCUCUUGCAGUACUGUGAAUGUAGCACAAACAGUGAAAAGCUGCUGUCAAAUGAAAAUAUCAUUUUCCCCAAAACUUCCCACUGAUUCCUAUCAGUUUUUGUGUUUAGGUGAAGAUAAAAUAAUCACAAACAUAAAACCAAAACUGGAGAAAAGAAGUUUUUAUUUGACAGCAGUGUAUGUAUUAUUUCCCUGAGAAUCUCUUUUGAUGCAAGUUGUAUUUUGCUGUUUUUAUCCUGCAUGCUUUUCCCGUCACGGCUCUAUUCUCCGGCCAGACGUCUCUGUUGUUGCUAAGGAUUUUUUAUUUUUAUUUCUUAAUGUAGCACGCCAAGCAAUCAUUUAUUUAGGAAACAUGAAGUGUUGAAUUCCAGUGAGAGGAAAUGUUUCUUUGUGCCUGUGGAGAGAUGAAUUCAGACUUCGAGUGCCAUAUUGUUAAGUGCUGGUUUGUCAUUGAAUGAGACUUCUCACAUUUGCUGGUAUUUAUUUUUCUGUAUAAAUAGCUAAAUAGCUGCCGGUCCUUGUGUGUCACUGCCUGCCUGAUGAGAGAUGUUUGUUGUCAUUCUGUGAAUGAAUCUUUCAGACUGAUGUCAUGCUACUCCUUGUGGUUCCCAGAUGAUUGCACAGUAUUAAAUGCAGCAGGCGUCACUCUAA